CCGCAAGCGAAGAGCGCAUGCGUACCUCCAUCCAAGCCGCCAUCUAAGAUUUUGUUUUGUAAAAAGCUCGGAACCGUUUGUCUUUGUCGGAGAGAAAAAGUUAGGCUGGAACCACAAUCAUGUCGUACAAUUAUGUGGUAACCGCUCACAAACCUACGGCAGUCAAUGCCUGUGUCACUGGAAAUUUCACUUCACCUCGUGACCUUAAUCUGAUUAUUGCCAAAAAUAACCGCAUGGAGAUAUAUGUUGUCACUCCUGAAGGUUUGCGUCCAGUCAAAGAAGUUGGUAUUUAUGGUCGGAUAGCUGUUUUGGAGCUUUUCCGUCCACCAGGUGAAGAGAAAGACUUCAUGUUCCUGCUGACAUCACGCUACAGUGCUAUGAUCUUGGAAUGUCAGCAGGAAGGGGACAACAUUGACAUCAUAACCAAGGCUCUUGGAUCAGUGCAGGAUAGAGUCGGUCGCCCAUCAGAGACUGGAAUCAUUGGAAUUAUUGAUCCACUUUGUCAGGUGAUAGCUUUAAGACUUUAUGAUGGCCUUUUGAAGGUCAUCCCACUGGACAAAGACAGAGAACUGAAAGCUUUUAAUAUACGCUUAGAAGAACUGACUGUGAUAGACAUACAGUUCUUACAUGGCUGCCAGGUCCCUACUAUUAUUCUUAUUUACCAGGACCAACAUGGGAGGCAUGUAAAAACUUAUCAGAUUGGCCUUCAAGAGAAAGAAUUUCAGAAAGGACCAUGGAAGCAAGACAAUGUAGAAACAGAAGCCUGUAUGGUUAUUGCAAUCCCUGAACCAUUUUGUGGAGCAUUGAUUAUUGGACAAGAGUCAAUCACAUAUCACAAAGGAGACAAUUUUAUUCCCAUUGCACCACCAGCAAUAAAACAAAGCCCUUUAACAUGCUAUGGUAAAGUGGAUGGAUCCCGCUACCUGCUUGGUGAUAUGGCCGGAAGACUUUUCAUGCUGUUUCUUGAAAAAGAGGAGAAAAUGGAUGGCACAGUUGUAGUAAAAGAUUUAAAAGUAGAACUCCUGGGUGAGACAACAAUUGCAGAAUGUAUCACUUACUUGGAUAAUGGAGUUGUAUACAUUGGUUCCAGGUUGGGAGAUUCUCAGUUAAUUAAGUUGAAUAUCAACCCAAAUGAUAAUGGUUCUUAUGUUCAAAUUAUGGAAACUUUCACCAAUUUAGGUCCAAUUGUCGACAUGUGUGUUGUUGACUUGGAAAGGCAAGGCCAAGGUCAGUUAGUGACAUGUUCCGGUGCUUAUAAAGAAGGAUCUUUACGAAUCAUAAGGAACGGUAUUGGAAUCCAUGAACAUGCCAGCAUCGACCUUCCCGGUAUUAAAGGUAUCUGGCCUUUGAGAGUGGAUUCAGAAGUUCAUGAUAAUAUGUUAGUGAUUUCAUUUGUUGGCCAAUCUCGUGUUUUGAUGUUUAGUGGAGAAGAAGUUGAAGAAACAGAACUGGCCGGUUUUGAUGGCGACCAGGAAACAUUCUAUUGUGGCAAUGUUGAUCAUAAUCAGUUGAUUCAGGUUACCCCUGCAUGUGUUCGACUUAUUAGUGGGAGUAGCAAAAGGCUUGUACAGGAGUGGAAACACCCUGAGAACCGCAAUAUAAGCGUAUGCAGCUGUAAUCAGAAACAGUGUGUUGUUGCUGUCGGUAGUGAGCUCUUUUAUCUAGAAGUACUUCAAGGAGAACUCAAACAAAUCAGUAAAUCUGUGAUGGAAUAUGAAGUAGCUUGUCUAGACAUUGGUCCUUUGAAGGAUGGAACAACACAUUCUGAACUGUGUGCCGUUGGCUUGUGGACAGACAUAUCCGCUCGAGUAUUACUUCUUUCAACCUUUGAAACUUUGCAUGUCGAGAUGUUAGGUGGUGAAAUUAUUCCUCGGUCUAUUUUGAUAGCAGCAUUUGAAGGAAUCCACUAUCUUCUUUGCGCUCUUGGUGAUGGUUCUCUGUUCUAUUUUAACCUCAACAUAGAAACUGGGUAUCUUUGUGAUAAAAAGAAAGUGACCCUUGGCACCCAGCCAACUGGCCUCCGGACAUUUCGAAGUCUGUCCACGGUAAAUGUGUUUGCCUGUUCAGAUCGCCCAACAGUUAUUUACUCCAGUAAUCAUAAGUUGGUAUUUUCUAAUGUCAACUUAAGAGAAGUCAACCAUAUGUGUCCAUUAAAUUCAGAAGGUUACCCUGACAGUCUUGCUCUGGCCAAUGAUAGCACUUUGACUAUUGGAACAAUUGAUGAAAUCCAGAAGCUACAUAUACGGACAAUUGCACUUUCAGAGUCUCCACGUCGGAUUGCUUACCAAGAGGCCUCUCAAACAUUUGGGGUGAUUUCUAUGAGAAUGGACAUCCAAGAUGCAAGUGGGACUCGACUUUCACGUAUCAGUGCCAGUGUCCGUGCAGCUAACACAUCUUACAGUACCAACACUAAGCAGAUGACCGGUAGCACAAGUGCCAUACCCGAGUAUAUGUACGGCGACCAAGUUGAAGUCCAUUCAUUAUUGAUUAUUGAUCAGCAUACAUUUGAAGUGCAUCAUGCCCACCAGCUAAUGGCCAAUGAGUUUGCAUCAAGUUUAAUCUCGGCAAGACUUGGAGACGAUCCAAAUACCUACUACAUUGUUGGAACUGCAAUGGUUAAUGCUGAGGAAGCUGAACCGAAACAGGGCAGAAUCAUCAUUUUUCAUUAUAAUGAUGGUAAACUGACUGUUGUUGCUGAAAAGGAAAUCAAAGGUGCAGCCUACAGUUUAGUUGAAUUUAAUGGCAAAUUAUUGGCAAGCAUUAACAGUACAGUGCGUCUAUUUGAAUGGACAGUAGAGAAAGAACUUCGCCUUGAAUGUAGCCACUUCACAAAUAUCAUUGCUCUUUAUUUAAAAACAAAGGGGGACUUCAUCCUUGUUGGAGAUCUGAUGCGAUCAAUAACUUUGUUGGCUUACAAACCCCUUGAAGAGAACUUUGAAGAAAUUGCACGAGAUUCUAAUCCGAACUGGAUGACAGCUGUUGAGAUCCUUGAUGAUGAGAAUUUUCUUGGAGCUGAGAACUCUUUCAAUUUGUUUACAUGCCAAAAAGACAGUGCUGCCACCACAGACGAAGAGAGACAACAUUUACAGGAAGUUGGCCUUUACCAUCUUGGAGAAUUUGUGAAUGUUUUUAGACAUGGUUCAUUGGUAAUGCAGCAUGCUGGGGAAAAUUCCACUCCCACUCAAGGAUCUGUGUUGUUUGGUACUGUGAGUGGUGCUGUUGGUCUCGUGACGCAGCUGCCUCAAGAUUUCUACAACUUUCUACUUGAAGUACAGAAAAAUUUGGCCAAAGUGAUUAAGAGUGUUGGGAAGAUUGAACAUUCUUUAUGGAGGUCAUUUCACACAGAACGGAAAACAGAACCAGCCGAAGGUUUCAUUGAUGGAGAUCUAAUGGAGAGUUUUCUUGAUCUUGACCGAGACAAGAUUGACCAGGUGGUGCAAGGACUGCAGAGUUCACAUACUAAAUUUGAUGACGGUAGCGGCAUGUCGAGGGAUGCCACAGCUGACGACCUCAUCAAGAUAGUGGAGGAACUGACACGGAUUCACUGAGUGUUUGGCCUUAAGGAAAAGGAGCAUUUCUCUCUUUCUCUUUCUUCCAACUCCCCUUUCCUCAUCCAAAACCCGCAUCAUCCUCAUCAUCAUCAUCCUCAUUACCAUCAUCAUCAUCAACCACUGUUACUCAGUCUUAUCACAAGACUAAAUAGUGUAACUAACUCCAUCCCCAAUCAGACCCCCUCCCCACUCCCUUGCUUAAUUUUUGUUUGUUUCUUUCUUUGGAUUGAAGUAGUCUUCUUUUUCAUCUUGUUUCUUUCUUUCACCUUAAAACCCUUCCUUUUCGUCCCUCAUUUGCUCUCCUCUUAAGUAUUGGUAGGUAGGGAUAUGAAGUAGGAGGUCUAAACUAGCAGUAGGUCUUUGUAUUCCUUCUCUCACUCCCUCUCCCCCACCCCCGUCUCUCGUCUCUGCUAAGCUCCCUCACCAUUCUUUAUACUUCAUUGAACAAUCUGUCUUCAAACACACACACACACACAAAAGUUUUAUUGACAAGCCUACAUCUAUAUACAUGCAGAUGUGUAUGUGUGUGUGUAUACCUCAGUAAUAAAGCUGCAAAAACAUCACAAAAACUGUUAGUCAG